GGAAGAAUCAAUAGCAAAGAAGAAUUGUGUCACCGCUCAAUUAGUGAUAUCUACACAGUAGCACCGCUUUCAUGUAUAAGUACCCCAAUAUACCACUCAGGACGAUGGACUCAAUCAUUGUCUAUCCACUUCUUCGUCUCAACAUCUAAUAAACUUAUUCUUCAAUCCUUCUUGUUUUCAAGUAUAAUUCAAACCGAAAAAAUGGUUGCCAUCAAAAACAUUUUCUGCUUCAUCACAGCAGUCACUGCUGCCACUAUUUACCAGCGUACACCGGCAACUAUUCUCACGGAUAUAACCACCAUCGAUACCAAUGUUAACGCUCUUACAAAGGCAGUCGACAACUACAACGGUGGAUUCUUUGACCUGCUUACAGUUAGCAGCGCCGAAUCAACCUUGGAAACUUCUAUCAAGAACGCUGCCACCGAUACCGCCAACACAUCUCCAUUGUCCUCAGCUGACUCCACCAACAUUCUCAAUGCAAUCAAUCAUCUGAUCCCCGAUAUCCAACAGGCACUCGAUGCACUUGUAGCAAAGAAGACUACAUUCGCUAACGCAGGGGUUGCUUCAACCGUUGAGGGUGACUUAGCGAAUUUGAAAAAGGAAACUGAUACUUUUGGAAAGAAUCUUCUUGCCAUUUCCUCUUCUGAUGUAGAGCCAAAAUUAUCUGCGACUUUGAGUACAAUUGAUAACGAUUUUACCAAUGCAGAGGCUGCAUUUUAAGGCGGUUCAUAUAUUUGACAAUGGCAUCGCAUAAGAACCUGGGAGCUAGUGGCGGGAGAGAAUUGAUUAGAUUGAAUCGGAAUUUGGAACAAUCGAUACCUCUGAAUGAGGUCAGUUGGGAAUGGAAACAGAUUAUUUAAAAUCUGACAUCGGCUGAAUCCAAAGAUAUUACUCUAUAAAAAUCAUAAAACCACUCCCUUGCACCUGUGUAUACCUAGUACUGAAUCGCCAUUGUUCCAAGGCAAGCUAAAGUUUCUAGAACGUUCACCCCUAUCUUUGAAUAACUCACCAGAAUCUGCUAUUC